UGAUGGACACUUUUUAGAUCAAAGCUUUCUCGGAACGCAGAGAGAGAGUAGCGAGUGUGCGAUGCAAUGGGCUCUUCUCUCUCCUCCGCCAUUCUCAUUCUUCUCUUUGCUUUCUGUCUCUCUGUUCCGACCCUCUCACUUGCCACCGAGCUCGAGGGUGUUGAUAUUGAAAACCCAGUACUAGAAGUCAUCCCAGCACCUCUUUCUGAGCACUCAGCUGUGCCUGGUUCUAAAGAUGUUUUAUUUUGUGAACGGGCACGAGUUUCUGGUAUAUCCAGGUUAAAACUUGGGAGUUAUGCAAGUUCACUUAAGAUCACCUUGUUUACAUCUCUUGUAAUCCCGGAGAGGUUGCAGAGCAAAAUUCAAGUCUGUUUUCAUAGGAAUAAUACGCUUGGAUUAUGUCAGUGUGUAGAGGAUGAUUGGAAAAAUCUUCAGAAAGGGUUAUGGAGCUCUGUCAUGUCGCCUUAUGAUGAAAGAUAUGUUGAUGUCAAGUUCAUUGGCAAAAUACCUGACUCUGUCACCAUAACUGUUGAAGAAGAUUUUCAGAGAUGGCGCCUUGUGUGUCUUGCACUGGGAUUUACUUUACUAUUGUUGGCACCAAUUGUCAGCAAUUGGGUACCUUUUUAUUAUAGCACUUCAAUGGUUAUAGGAGUUUUUAUGGUCAUGAUAAUCAUUCUCUUCCAGGGAAUGAAGCUGUUGCCAACUGGAAGGAAAAAUGUCCUCUAUCUUACCAUAUAUGGAUCAGUGCUUGGAGCAGGAUCUUUCCUUGUUCCUCAGUUUUCACUGAUGGUAAAUUCUAUUCGUUUGAGUUUUGGGCUAAGUGAAGAGAUGCAUAACCCAGUCUCUAUAUUUUUACUAGUGGGAAUUAUCCCUGCGGGAGCUGCAUUAGGGUACUGGAUUGUGAGGGAGUUUGUUGUCUCAAAAGAUGGGACAGUAGAUGUUGGUAUAGCACAAUUUGUCAAGUGGGCUAUGCGUAUCAUUGGAACAACCUCCAUCUUUCAGAGCACUCUCGAUACUCCUUUAGCAAUGGGCGCUUUGGUUUCUUACUGGAUUAUCAUCAAGUUGAUUACUUCUUUGAAAUGGCAUCUCAAAUUUCAUCAGUCGGAUGCUUGGAGUGGGAGUCCUUGGCUGCAGAAGGGAAAACAGGUCAAGGGUAGACAAAGUCGUCUAGGAUUUCUUAGCAGGAGUCUAUCUGCUUGGUCUGACUCUCCUGUUAAAGUGAACGCAUCCUCGUCUGGUGAUCUUCAUCUGAAUGUAGACGAUUUCUACUUUUCCGCACUCUUUGAUGACGAAACUUAUGACGAGUCUGAGCCGGUUUCAGAUUCCAAGUACACACAAGAGUUGCAGUUCCAAGAGGCUCUAAUGUCCUCUUCUGCAAUCACCUCCCAAUCGACACACAAUGGCGGUUCCUCUUCCUCUUCAUCAUCGGCAGCAAUCCAAGCAACCCAAGCAAUCCAAUCCAACCCACCACAACCAUCAACACAAAUCCUUUGUGAGAUUUGUGUUGAAAUGAUAGAGGUUGACGAGAUGUUUCAAAAUGAGGGCUGCGUUCACUCCUUCUGCUCUGACUGCAUAACCAAGCAUGUGGCAUCCAAAAUCCAAGCAAACAUUCACAUAGUUUCGUGCCCUGGCUUGGACUGCAGGGCUGUGCUGGAACUUGAUGCUUGUAUGCCAAUACUUCCCAAAGAAGUAAUAGAAAGGUGGAAUGAUGCCCUUUGUGAAGCAAUGGUUUUAGGGGCACAAAGACUCUACUGUCCUUUCAGUGACUGCUCAACGGUUUUGAUGAUUGACAACGAAGGUGAGGAAGCUGUAAGAGUGUCCGAGUGUCCCAUUUGCCAUAGACUGUUCUGUGCACGAUGUCAAGUCCCUUGGCAUCCAGGAGUUGAUUGUGAGGAGUAUCGGAGGCUUAACGAGGACGAACGAGGGAGGGCGGAUCUUAUGGUUAAGGAACUUGCAAAGCAAAAGAAGUGGAAGCGGUGCCCUAGGUGCAAAUAUUAUGUGGAGAAGACUCAAGGUUGUUUGCAUAUUACUUGCAGGUGCCAAUACCAGUUCUGCUAUGGAUGUGGAGCAGAAUGGACAAGUACUCAUGGUGGUUGCCAGUGAGAUUAAGUCGCGGAAGGCACUCGGCUUGAAGCCGUGUUACUUGUUUUAUGACGCUAGAACUUUUAUUUAUGUACAGAAUCGUCAAAAGUCCAUCAAUAUGGGACUUUUGCUUGUAAAUUUGCUUCCUAGAUAAUUGAGGUUGUGUGAUGUGUAACAUUGCUUUGAAUUCCCUUAUUAAUGUUAUUGAGUUUUCUCUUUUCUUUU